AUGUAUCUUGAGAUGAUUGCUAAAGAAUACAUAUUUGGCUUCAAUUACGGAGCUCGCUUUAGGCUCCUCUUGACCGAGUCUCUUAAGCUCACGCUUAUCGGUACCUCACCUGAGGGUCAUAUUCGGGUCCAACAGGACCUUCCAUGUGAUUUGAUAGAGGAGAUACUUUGUCGCGUUCCGGCUACAUCUCUGAGGCAUUUACGAUCUACUUGCAAACAAUGGAACUUAUUGUUCAACAACCGGAGAUUCACAAGAAAGCACUUCGAUAAAUCCCCAAAGCAGCUUAUGACUCUCAUGUUGAACGAGUCUAUGGUUUGUUCGACGAGAGUUAAUCUCAAUGGAGUUCCAGAGGUCACAAGCGAACUUAGCCUAGUUGACCCUCUUUAUAGUAGUUUAAUAGAUCAUGAGUUCGAUAUUUAUGAAGUCUUUCACUGCGACGGCUUAUUAUUAUGCAUCAACGAAGACAACACUAGACUCGUGGUCUGGAACCCGUGUACUAGUCAAGCUAGGUGGAUCCAACCCAAAACACGUGUCAGCAGCCAUGCUCUUGGAUCCUACCAUGGUAAUAGCUAUAAAGUAUUGAGCUACCACCCUGACUUCGCAAUCUUUGAGAAUAACUCUAAUUCAUGGAGGAGUCUUGAUAUCACCCCCGACUGCACCAUAGAAGAUUCUGAACAGUUCAUGUCUUUGAAAGGAAAAACGUACUGGUUUGCUUGUGAUAAAAAAGAUGAGCGUCCCAUCAGCAUAUUCUUACUCAGUUUUGAUUAUACAAGUGAAACGUUUGAACGUCUACGUCUUCCGUGCCAGAGUUUUCUCUAUGAAACUAUGUCUAUGUCCGUUGUUAGAGAAGAGAAGCUUUCUGUGUUGUUACAGCGAGAUUAUACGUCAAGGACAGAGAUAUGGGUGACAAAUAAGAUUGGUGAGACCAAAGAAGUCUCGUGGAGCAUGUUCCUAGCACUGGAUUACUCGCCAGCUGGACUUCAUCUUCGGGAUACCGUAAGUUUUUUGGUCGAAGAGGAGAAGAAAGUCAUCGUGUGUUGUGAUAGAUACUUGGAAGAUGAAUUCCACGGCAAAAAGUUGAUUCACAUUGUUGGAGAGCAAAAUCAAGUCAGAGAAUUUGAUUUUGGAGAAGCCAAACAGUGCCCGAUUUUGUUUAAUUAUGUUCCAAGUUUGACACAAAUCCACCAAGGUGUAGGUGUGGGAGGGAAAAGAAAAAGAGAUACAAUUAACGGACAAUAUGCUGGAAGAUGGUCCAAGCUUUUUUACAGAGUUUAGUGGUUUUGUUUUUGAUGGGCACAAGUUCUGUUGAUUUUAGUUUAGUGGUAUUUUUUUAUACUACGAAAUGUUUCAAGUGAGUUAUACAUACUUGUUGCUAUUGCAUUACUUUUCAUCAUUUUUUUGUAUCGUUAUAUGAUCAGGAUUCAGGAAAGAUCUCUCAGGUUCCAGAUCUUUCUUUGACAUAAUUUACAUGCAGGUUUGCAUGCUUCUUUAGCGUAAUAAAUUCAAAGAUAUAGAACACGACUGACCUAACUGAAUUAUGUACAAGAAUUAGUGAGACCCAAAAAAAAAAUAAGACACAAAGAACUUUUACAAAUAAGUUUGUGGGGUUUCUCUCAUAACAGAAAAGUCUACCAAGUGGCAAAAAAUAAUGUGUGCAAGAAUCCAAUUAAGAAUAACAACAAGUCUGAAAAGAAUGAUUCUGUCAUGAAACUCCGUAAACAACAUGAACCGUCGUCACUUUGAUCAUCUCGUCCUCUGCAUUAGUCAUUAGUAAUUUUUUAAAACAUGAUUACCAAAAAAACAUGAGCGAACAGUUUAAACGUAUAGAUGUGGAGAAAUCGCAUGUUAAACCAAGACCAGCCCAUUUAAUUUAUGUCCAGCUUUUUUUUUUCUUCCGUUCCAUACAAAUACGUUGGAAAUAUGCAGUUAUCAGUGGGUUUUGAAGCAUUCUAAGACAUAACGUGAACGUAACAUCAAUUAUCAGUGGACGUGACUACUGACAUACCAAUUGUUGAUAUUGAUCUCAUCUUGCAGCAACAAAAUGAUGAAACAGUCACAGGAAGUCUCCCUACAACUUCUGUUAGUGUGCCUCAUGUUAACUCUCAACCAGAGUUGAACAUGAACAUUCAGGAUGUUCCACGCUUGCACUCGGACUUGAUAGCGGAUUCUCAGGAACCAUAUGUUUCUACACAUGCCCCUAUGGAAUGCCAAGAUAUUCAAGUCUCAACGAUCACCACUAGUUCCUCUACCCCACAGGUUCAAGAGGAUAACCAAAUAGCAUCGCCAACUUUAGCCAAGAUUUUAUCGCCAUUAGUAGAUAUUGAAUCUACUCCGAUUUCAGCAUCUAUUAUGGAGACUUCUCCAUCCAACAUUAUCAACAAGGAGGUCCAAAAUUGUUGAUCCUUUACACACAUUGGCUCAAGCAAGUGGAUUUGAGAGUCCUUCUCGGUUCACUGCGUUAGGUGAUGUGGAAGAGGCCCCAGAUGAACCAAUGAGCUCGCUCGGUUUGACAAGGGGUUUGAGGGAGAUUAGACCUCCUAAAAAGUUCCAAGAUUUGGAAUGGAAAACUGCACGAGGGAGAGGUAAGCGCGGCUGUCGCGGCCGUGGUAACACUCGCUAGUAGCUCUUUUUCAUUUCUUUUUUGGUUUUGACUCUCUCAUGCCUUGAAUGUUUCAUAGGUUUGAGAUGUUAUUCGUCAUGAAUUGUAUUCGUGCAAAUUUUUUCUCACUAUAAGGUCUACAACCUUAUCAUGUAAACGUUUUUAUUUUAAUUGAAAGCCCUUUGUUAAAAAAAAAAAUAUCAAUUAUCAAUAGUUUAUGAUUAGUCACAGAAGAGGUAACGUUCCAUUUAUCGGAUGAAUCUUUUCACAGCUCCAAUACAUCCCUCGCAUGACCUAGCUACUCAGAGAACAAAGGAAUACAACAGAAAAAAGAAAAACUAAGUUAGCGCAACCGUACAACAAAGUUUUUACAAGAACAUUUAUUAAUAAGCAUAUCACAUUGCUUUCGAUCUAAAAGAGUUGUGUUCUGUAUAUUUUUCUCAUAUUGUAAUUGCUUCUUCUUUAUAUUAAAUACAAAAUAUUUGAAAAAAAAAAUUGCUUGCUUUAAUUCAUACUUGAUUAAUAAAAACUUUGAAAGUGAUAUCAGUAAUAUAUAUGUUUUACCGCCGUCGCAUUAGAGCAUUAUUAUCAGGGUCUCUCAAGUGGGUUGUUUAAAUUAAUUGUGAUUAGAAAAAAUAAAAAUUACCUAUUUAUCAUAAAGACGUCGCUUAGAGCACUUGCAAUGGUCAUGCCCACAUUGGACCAACUUACCCAACCAAAUUUUCCCUCACCCAACCAAAUGACUUCUCCUCUUCAAAGUUUCGAACCUCUUGAAUCACUUGAAUAAAAGCCUUCCCUCACCCAACCAAAUGACUUGGACCAACUUACCAUUUGCAAGAAUUCACCUGAUGUUUUGUGCUUAAUGAAUGUGAGAGUUGGUUGAUUUGAAUGUGUGGAUG